AUGCUGGAUCCAUUUGGUAACUCAUUGGCUCAUUGGGCAGUCCUGGGAGGACAUACGAAAGUUUUGCGCCAUAUAAAAGAACGGUGUCCGAAUUUAUUGUGGACAACAAAUCUGGCCGGGCAACAACCAUUGCACUUGGCUUGCAUAACCGGGAAAUUCAAUUGCGCCACAUUCCUCUUACUGCACACAAAUAAUAUUGAAGUUGCCGAAUCUCGAGGCUGUACUCCAUUGCUGCUAGCCGCCGAAAAUGGACACCAUGAAAUUGUGGCCCUACUUCUGCUUGCAUCAGCUAAUCUGAAAGCGGUUGAUGAUGAAGAAAACACCGCGUAUCAUUUCGCCGCAAAGGGCGGACACAUCAAUGUUUGUAACCUUUUGAAAAACAGUGGUUUGAAACCGUGGAUACUACUGAAUGAAAUGCAUCAGACCCCCUUGCAUUUGGCCAGUUCCGCGGGACAUUUGUCUGUUGUGCGUGCUCUAUGCCGACUACCUAUCGCGUUGGAGAGUCAACUGAGUCUGGCCCCAUUGCAACAUCCGUUGAAUAUUCGUGAUCAGGAGGGACAUACACCGGUUCAACUGGCGAACAGAUAUGGUUGGUCUGAGGUGGUAGCGCUGCUGGAGACUGAGAAGAAUCGACUUGAUUCGCAGAAUUUGAUCCCAUUCAGUUUUCAGCUAGUGGGACGAAAAAUUUCGUGA